GUUUGCCUCGUUAAAAUCUUACAAUAGUCAAUAGUGUCUGUGUAAGAUUAAACUGCAAACUACUGCGAUUAAAAUAGUCAGUAAUUAUUUAUUCGAUAAUAUAGCUGUUAUUUGUCGUCGUCAUCAGUCUUCCUUGUGCGUGGAAGCAGAUGAAAACAAAAACAACUUGGUUGACUCUAUACAUAAUAAAACCGACCUUACCAUUAGUUGGGAGCACUUGGAGUUUGCACUGCGAAUUUCGCAGGGAGAUAGCUUACACUGUUUACAUCUCGUCCUUGUUAUAUGAUUGGAAAUCUUGUCAUUUAAAUUAUGAGCGGUAAUCAUAGCCCAGAUGUACCAACAAUUAAUGAAGAUCUAUUCGGGGAUGGCAGGUGGAUGAGCGUGCAUAAAAGGUUUGUUGCCGAUACCCACGAGAAGGAAGGAACUGAAGUGGUAUUUACCGGGGAUUCAUUAAUAGCUUAUCUGCAAUACACCCCCAUGUGGGACACCCACUUUUCGCCCAUGCAUGCCUUGAAUUUUGGAAUAGGAGGUGAACGAACGGAACAUGUACUAUGGAGGUGCAUGAAUGGUGAAAUGGACAAUAUCAAGCCAAAAGCCGUGGUGUUACUUAUUGGGACGAACAAUCAUGGCUGCACCCCGGAACAAAUUUCGGAAGGCAUUAUGUCUAUUGUUGAUAUAAUUAGGAGCAAGCAGAAAGAAGCCGAAAUAUUGGUAUUGUCGUUGUUACCACGAGGAGAAAAACCCAACUCACUACGUGAUCGCAACAAACAAGUUAAUGACAUUGUGAAGGACAAAGUUGUUGGGAAAUAUAAAACUCAGUUGAUUAAUAUUGACCCUGGAUUCGUCCAACCCAACGGUUUCAUUUCUCAUCACGAUAUGUGGGACUAUUUGCAUUUAUCAAAAUCUGGAUAUAUGAAAUCAUUUGAACCCGUUCAUGAAAUCCUUCUUCAAAUUUUGGCAGAUUCAGAAAUUGGAGUGACUACAGUUAAAGUAUAAUAUUUGGAUUUUUAAUUUACACUUUUUUUUAUAUAUGCACACAUUAUUCUAAAUAGAUAUGUUCAACUUUCUACACAACUAACGUUAAAGUAUUGUUAAUAAAUCACAAUUUCAAUAAGCA